CCGCCCCCCGGUUAGACUCCGUCCGCGGUCAGCAAUCUCUCACGCUAAGUUGGUUGCACGGUGACGUUACCGUCGGGGGUGGACAGAUGCGCGGCCGACGGCUCUCCGCGCCCCUCCUCACCGACCCGGUGGGGACUGCCCCGCUUUCUUAUCCCCCUGAUCCCGGCGUCUCCUAAAAAAACUUCCCCACCACCAUUCCCCCUUCUCAUCUCGAAACCCUAACCCUAAUCCUUACUGUCGCCGGCGGGUUCCGAUCGAUUCAUGGAUCCCGGUCCUCAGGGGUACCGCCACCACCCUACGCCGCCGACGCACGCCGGUGGCGCCGGAGGGAGGGAGGACUGCUGGAGCGAGGGAGCGUCGGAGGCGCUGAUAGAGGCGUGGGGGGACCGGUACCUCCAGCUGAGCCGGGGGAACCUCCGGCAGAAGGACUGGAAGGAGGUCGCCGAUGCCGUGAACGACCGGCAGGAGGUUCUCGGCAAGCCCCGGAAGACGGACGUCCAGUGCAAGAAUCGGAUCGAUACCCUCAAGAAGAAGUAUAAGCUCGAGAAAUCGAAGCCCGGGCUGUCGCAGUGGCCCUUGUUCUCGCGCCUUGACCUCCUCAUCGGGCCCAACUCUGCUCCAUCUAUCAAGAACCCGAAUCCUUCCUGCGUCCCCUUCAUCAAACCCCACUACCCCCAACCCAAUUCCCGCCGGCACCCUUCCCUUACCUUUACCAUCAAGCCCCGGAACCCUAACCCUAAUGCUGCCGUCUGCUCGGACGGGUCGACGAACUCGCCGGGGUCCUCGGAGAGUUCCCGUGGAGAAUUUGGCCGGGUCGGGGAUGAUAAUGAUGAGGAGGAUGAUGACGAUGAAAACGAGGAGGAUGACGACAAUGGGAUGUUUGAUGUUGGGGCUGCAAGAAAAAAGCGGCGGAGGAGUUGGGCGAGUUUGGGCGGUGGUGGUGGGGAGGAAGGGGCUUUUGGGGAGUUGGCGAGGGCCAUUGUGAAGUUUGCAGAGGUUUAUGAGAGGGUGGAGAGAUCAAAGCAUCAGCAGAUGAUGGAGCUGGAAAAGCAGCGGAUGGAGUUUGCGAAGGACAUUGAGUUCCAGCGGAUGCAGAUGUUCAUGGAUGCUCAGCUUGAGCUCGACAAGAUGAAGCGGCCCAAGCAUGCGUCGGGAUCUGGUGGCAAUAAUGACUCAUCACAGGGUGCACCUUCUGGAACUUGAUGGUAUCCAAAAAAAAAAAUGAUCCUGAAAUGCUUGACCUGCCCCUCUUCUUUUGGAAGAUCAAUCCAUCAGAGAUGAUGAGCAUAUCACAGCCUGCCUUUUCCUGCAAGUUCGAUGGCCCAUUGGUUUGUAAUCUGUUCUAGAACAUCUUUCCUUUCAACCUUGCCAAACCUCAAAGCAGGCUACGAAAUCAAGCAGUAAUAACCAAUAUAGAACACUGGUCCGGACAGCACUGGCGAGCCAAUCAGCAGCAAUAUAGCAAUAUGUGGAAACCAAACAGAAGGUGGCAUCAACAGAAUGUCAGUUGCCUAUCAGCAAAUUUUAUACAUCUUAGUUUGUUAUCUCUAAUGUAAAAUUUUCGGUCUUUGAGCUGUGUCCCUGAGCGGGUACUAAUUAUGUACUCAACAAUAGAGAAUUUUCAGUUAUUAGUCACAAAAUAUUUGACUAAACU